UCAGCUCUUCAGUCACUUCUCGAGAGCGGCCUAGACCUGGUGCAGCAAGAUGGACUUCAAGGGCAAAGUGGUUAUCAUCACCGGCGCAAGCAGCGGAAUUGGUGCGGCUACGGCAAAGUAUCUGGCGGAACUUGGCGCCUCGCUCGUGUUGACCGGAAGAAACAUCGAAAAUCUACAAAAGGUCGGGCAGGAAUGUGAGGCCGCUGGGAAGGGCAAGCCGUUGCUGGUAGUGGCGGAUGUCUGCAGUGAGGACGACAACGUGCGAGUUGUUGGCGAGACUGUCAAGAAGUUUGGCAAGCUGGACGUUCUGGUUAACAAUGCGGGGAAAGGAGUCAUGGGCAGCAUCGAGACAACUAGUUUGAGCCAGUUUGACGAUAUUAUGAACACCAACCUGCGGGGAUUGUUCCACCUGACGCAGGUGGCCGUGCCUCACCUUAUCAAGAGCAAGGGGAACAUCGUGAACGUAUCGAGCGUGGCCGGGACCAGAUCGUUCUCCGGCAGUUUGGCGUAUUGUAUUUCGAAGGCCGCGCUGGACCAGUUUACAAGAUGUGUGGCGUUGGAGUUGGCACCGAAGGGAGUCCGUGUCAACUCGGUCAACCCGGCGGUCAUCAUUACGGAUUUCCAGCGACGGCUCGGAAUGGAUGAUCCGACGUACGAGGCGUACCUGAAGCACUCGGACAGUGUCCAUGCCAUGGGACGCGUUGGAAGAGCAUCGGAAGUGGCGGCGGCCAUUGCCUUUUUGGGCUCGGAUGCGGCCAGUUUUACCACCGGAAGUCAGCUUUGUGUGGACGGGGGCAAGAAUGUCAUGUGUCCGCGGUGAGGCGGUUUGGUGGUAAUGCUAAUAAAUUUCAAGUGUAUUUAACAAGUGAAA